CGCGCUCUCCAAUCCUACUGAGAACUAUGCAUAUGAUAUGCUUACUACGAAAGAUCCCCUUACUGGAAAUCUAUCUUCUACUUAACCAUGUAUCAGAAGGUAGGCUUAAGAAAGUGUGUUUUUUUUAAAUCAUAUUUUUUCAGAUAUUGAUUUUACAAUAGUGAUAUCCUAACAAACUUAUUCUUUGAAUUAAUAAAUUAUGUUUCGAUGUAGAUCAAUGCUUUGUGAUUAUUGAAACACAAUGUGUUAAGCUUGGGAUUAAAAUAUCAAUUCUUGGUAACUGGCUCACAAACAAAAAUGGUUUCUUUUUUUUCUGAAGAUUUAAAUGAUAGAAUUAGAGAAACGGAAAAAAAAGGGAAUACCCUUAUGUAACUGAGACAAUUUUGUAUAUAAAUAUCGCUAAUAAUCAAAGAAAUCUCAAAGAAUAAUAAUAAUAAUAAUGAUUUUAACAAAUAUAAAUUGCUAAACGUUGUACUUAGUGACAUUACGGAAGUGAAGUAGAUCGGACCGGGAACGAGGCGAUGCAAUCAGAGGGAGGUGACAUUUAAAAAAAAAAAAACAUUUACAGAUAAAACAUUGCUAACUCGAAUCUGUUCCAUGACAAGUCUUGGUUAAAAACAAGAGCAGGGUGUCAUCAGAUUGUGUUGCAACCAGAGGGGGCGGCGUAGAGCCAAACCAUGGUGCCGCCAGACAGAGAAGGGUGUAACCGAGCCAUGGUUCCGCCAGUUAAAUCACUAUAUCACGUGUGACUUUAUCGCAGUAGAUGCCACCAACACCAGCUCCACUGAUUUCGACCAAAUUAUGUUCAUGUGUUUUCAGUCUGCAGUGAUAACGUCAAGUUUCUGAGCGUAGAUUCAAAAGAUAUCCAGCCAGACGCUUUCACAUAUCCUCCCCUUAACGAGUCCGAGGCUUGCGAUAAGAGCGAAGGUCAAGGACUACAUGUCCAAACAGUUCAAAUCCACAACGUAAGUGCUAGUAACCACCAUUGUAGUACCACCAUUGUAGUACCACCAUUGUAGUACCACCAUUGUAGGACCACCAUUGUAGGACCACCAUUGUAGGACCACCAUUGUAGGACCACCAUUGUAGGACCACCAUUGUAGGACCACCAUUGUAGGACCACCAUUGUAGGACCACCAUUGUAGGACCGUUCUGUGCGGCUUUGAGUUGAACAAGGAAUUGAAUUGGGCGAAAGUUUUUAAAUGAUCUCAUAGUUAAUUUUAUUUCAGCUAACAUCAUCUACGACUUAUUAAUUAAAAAAAAAAGUAUCUCUCUUUAUUGUAGCGGGCAUUGUUGCGACUCAUGUAUGACUAUUAUUGCAUAUAGUAAGAUAGGCAGUGUUUAAUUAUCUUAGGUACUUGGAAAUUUGAACUAAAUAAGUUAAAUCCCAGAAGAUCUAAAGGAAAAAAAAAAUUCAAUCUAAAAAUAAAAAGCGUUUUUGGGGGGCGGGGUGGCUAAAUAAUUUUCAAAAAAGAGAAGUGCGCUCUUUUUAAUCACACCCCAAGCAUCAUCCUUGGUAACUAUUGAAAUGGUUGCCACCAAUCGAGGGAGGUCUGGUCGCAACAGGCGUCAGAAGCAAGGAUACGUGUCUGUUUUCCCGCAGGAUCAAACCUUUUUCAAGGUUCCCUUUUUCCCUCGCUUGUUUUCUAUGUAGAGGAAAGGAUGUUCUAAUCUGUUAUUUAAUUAAUUAGUUUUUUAAAAACAGUUUAUGGUAUUCAGAUUCAAAACUCUUUUAAAUGAAAACAAAGUAAGUUUUGUGGAAAGGAUUGAAGUGAAUCUUGAGAAGAUUUCAUUGGUGGUGAGACUCACAGCCUGGCGGGUGCUGAGUGAGUUAAGAUGGUAUGGGUGUGUGUGGGGGGGGGGAGGAGAGAAUUUAAGAUGGGAGGUGAUCGUGAUGGGGAAGGAAGCAUGUGGUGGGGAAGGAAGCAUCUGGUGGGUAUCAUGAAUGAUAAAUAUGCAUGAAUCUGUUAUUUUUCAAUUGGAAUUUUAAUAGUAUCAUGUUUAAAGCAAAUAAACUGUGUUUCUAACAGACAGAUGAUGGCAAAUGCGAAAGAAACCUGAAUUUAACCAACUCAACUGACAACCACUUAAUGCAGACUAUAAGGAAAGCCUGUGGUGGCAAAGAUCGUUGUUACUUUGUCAGCGGUUUGAGACUCGUGCUUCGAAAAGUCACAUGUGGUUCAAAGCCAGCAGAGAGCUUCGAAUUAAGUUAUGUGUGCAAACCUUUGGGUAGGUUAUAUCAUGUGUGUAAACCCUUGGGUAGGUUAUAUUAUGUGUGCAAAUCUUUGGGUAGGUUAUAUCAUGUGUGGAAACAUUUGGGUAGGUUAUAUUAUGUGUGCAAACCUUUGGGUAGGUUAUAUUAUGUGUGCAAACCUUUGGGUAGAUUAAAUUAUAUGUGCAAACCUUUGGGUAGGUUAUAAUAUAUGUGCAAACCUUUGGGUAGGUUAAAUUUAUUUAUCUAUUUUUAUAAUUAUAUAUAUAAUGCACUUUUCCAAUUUAAGCAUGUAUUUAUGAUCGUUGAUGAAUUCAAAAUGCCUGUCUCUUCACACAAUAAUUUAAUUCAAGUAAUCGAACUGUUAGUCUUUCGUAUAAACUGUCAUUCACAGCAAUCAAUUAUCGCUUGCAAUGACUAAAUUUAUUUUAAUGAUAGAUGAAUAGAACAUGGUGUAAAUUUAUUACAUUGUGUCAUCUUUAAUUAUUUUUAUUUUUCUAAAAUCCCACCCCCGUUCCUCCAGCGCCCGAUGACAACGACGUGUUUGAUAUUAAGAGAGGAUUCAUCAAGACAAUAACAAACCCUGGAAAUGGAAAAAAAAAAUACUAUCUUGUGUUGGGGGCGAAUGAGACCAUUGAACACAGUCGAUGUGAGAUGUCUGGCCCCAACGUUCAGAUACAUGUCACUUUGAUGCAUGCGGAUUUGACAUCAGUUCAAAAAUUGACUGGCAAGUCUUGUCUUGGGAAUCAGGAAGGGAACAUUGAUUGGUACAGGUAAAAAAAACACUAAGAUGAUAUACCUUCAUUAUCAAAAAGCGAUCAAAUCUCUUAUACAUGAUUAUGAAAAUGAAACGCAGUCUAUUGUACCCGAAGAAUAUUCCUAUAUAGUUUCAACAGUUUCGAUUGAGUCUAGAGUAAACUCGAACUAGUUAUUUUAAUGAGAAGCUCGGUUAAAACUCUCGUCCCCCAUAUUUGAUGAUAAUGACACACAAAAGUUAGUUUUAAGAAUGUAUUUUAAGUCUUUUCAUGAUAUCAGUAUGACAAGUCUUUUCAUGAUAUCAGUAUGACAAGUCUUUUCAUGAUAUCAGUAUGACAAGUCUUUUCAUGAUAUCAGUAUGACAACUCUUUUCAUGAUAUCAGUAUGACAAGUCUUUUCAUGAUAUCAGAAUGACAAGUCUUUUAAUGAUAUCAUAAUGACAAGUCAUUUCAUGAUAUCAGUAUGACAACUCUUUUCAUGAUAUCAGUAUGACAACUCUUUUCAUGAUAUCAGUAUGACAACUCUUUUCAUGAUAUCAGUAUGACAAGUCUGUUCAUGAUAUUAGUAUGACAACUCUUUUCAUGAUAUCAGUAUGACAACUCUUUUCAUGAUAUCAGUAUGACAAGUCUUUUCAUGAUAUCAGUAUGACAACUCUUUUCAUGAUAUCAGUAUGACAAGUCUUUUCAUGAUAUCAGAAUGACAAGUCUUUUAAUGAUAUCAGUAUGACAACUCUUUUCAUGAUAUCAGUAUGACAAGUCUUUUCAUGCUAUUAGUAUGACAACUCUUUUCAUGAUAUCAGUAUGACAACUCUUUUCAUGAUAUCAGUAUAACAAGUCUUUUCAUGAUAUAAGUAUGACAACUCUUUUCAUGAUAUCAGUAUGACAAGUCUUUUCAUGAUAUCAGAAUGACAAGUCUUUUAAUGAUAUCAUAAUGGCAAGUCUUUUCAUGAUAUCAGUAUGACAAGUCUUUUCAUGAUAUCAGAAUGACAAGUCUUUUAAUGAUAUUAUAAUGACAAGUCUUUUCAUGAUAUCAGUAUGACAAGUCUUUUCAUGAUAUCAGUAUGACAAGUCUUUUCAUGAUAUCAGUAUGACAAGUCUUUUCAUGAUAUCAGUAUGACAACUCUUUUCAUGAUAUCAGUAUGACAAGUCUUUUCAUGAUAUCAGUAUGACAAGUCUUUUCAUGAUAUCAGUAUGACAAGUCUUUUCAUGAUAUCAGUAUGACAAGUCUUUUCAUGAUAUCAGUAUGACAACUCUUUUCAUGAUAUCAGUAUGACAACUCUUUUCAUGAUAUCAGUAUGACAACUCUUUUCAUGAUAUCAGUAUGACAACUCUUUUCAUGAUAUCAGUAUGACAAGUCUUUUCAUGAUAUCAGUAUGACAACUCUUUUCAUGAUAUCAGUAUGACAAGUCUUUUCAUGAUAUCAGAAUGACAAGUCUUUUCAUGAUAUCAUAAUGACAAGUCUUUUCAUGAUAUCAGUAUGACAAGUCUUUUCAUGAUAUCAGUAUGACAACUCUUUUCAUGAUAUCAGUAUGACAAGUCUUUUCAUGAUAUCAGAAUGACAAGUCUUUUAAUGAUAUCAUAAUGACAAGUCUUUUAAUGAUAUCAGUAUGACAAGUCUUUUCAUGAUAUCAGUAUGACAAGUCUUUUCAUGAUAUCAGUAUGACAAGUCUUUUCAUGAUAUCAGUAUGACAAGUCUUUUCAUGAUAUCAGUAUGACAAGUCUUUUCAUGAUAUCAGUAUGACAAGUCUUUUCAUGAUAUCAGUAUGACAAGUCUUUUCAUGAUAUCAGUAUGACAAGUCUUUUCAUGAUAUCAGUAUGACAAGUCUUUUCAUGAUAUCAGUAUGACAACUCUUUUCAUGAUAUCAGUAUGACAACUCUUUUCAUGAUAUCAGUAUGACAACUCUUUUCAUGAUAUCAGUAUGACAACUCUUUUCAUGAUAUCAGUAUGACAAGUCUUUUCAUGAUAUCAGUAUGACAACUCUUUUCAUGAUAUCAGUAUGACAAGUCUUUUCAUGAUAUCAGAAUGACAAGUCUUUUAAUGAUAUCAUAAUGACAAGUCUUUUCAUGAUAUCAAUAUAAGACGCGGUUUAAAUUAGCGAACAUUUUCAUUUGAAACGUACAUUUUUUUCAGUUUAAAAUUGCUUAAAAUUCCAUGUGUUGAUGGGACAAAGGAAAAGGGGGGGGGGUUUGGGGAUGACAUCUAAUUCUCAACUUCCCAUGCUUCAAUGUGACACAUCUGUUCCAAUCACACAGAGUUGGGUUGAUGUUUAACAUUUCUAGUUAAACAACAGUAUGAGCAUUCACUCUGUAAACCUUGAAAGAAGAGACCUCCCAUAAGCAAACUGUCACUAGGUGGAUCAACCCAUAACUGUCACUUGGUGGAUCAACCCAUAACUGUCACUUGGUGGAUCAACCCAUAACUGUCACUAGGUGGAUCAACCCAUAACUGUCACUUGGUGGAUCAACCCAUAACUGUCACUUGGUGGAUCAACCCAUAACUGUCACUUGGUGGAUCAACCCAUAACUGUCACUAGGUGGAUCAACCCAUAACUGUCACUUGGUGGAUCAACCCAUAACUGUCACUUGGUGGAUCAACCCAUAACUGUCACUUGGUGGAUCAACCCAUAACUGUCACUAGGUGGAUCAACCCAUAACUGUCACUUGGUGGAUCAACCCAUAACUGUCACUUGGUGGAUCAACCCAUAACUGUCACUUGGUGGAUCAACCCAUAACUGUCACUAGGUGGAUCAACCCAUAACUGUCACUUGGUGGAUCAACCCAUAACUGUCACUUGGUGGAUCAACCCAUAACUGUCACUUGGUGGAUCAACCCAUAACUGUCACUAGGUGGAUCAACCCAUAACUGUCACUUGGUGGAUCAACCCAUAACUGUCACUAGGUGGAUCAACCCAUAUUGAUUUAUCGGUUUUAUUGUUUCACAGUCAAUAAAAUAACUGACUACAGAUUUGUAGACAAGUGGUUAACAUCAAUUGGCCCCAGGAAUCUAUUUGACUUUCUAUUAUUCUAUUUGACUUUCUAUUAUUCUAUUUGACUUUCUAUUAUUCUAUUUGACUUUCUAUUAUUCUAUUUGACUUUCUAUUAUUAUAUUUGACUUUCUCUUAUACUUAUUGACUUUAUAUUAUACUAAUUGGCUUUCUAUUAUACUAAUUGACUUUCUAUUAUACUAUUUGAAUUUCUAUUAUACUAAUUGACUUUCUAUUAUACUAUUUGAAUGUCUAUUAUACUAAUUGACUUUCUAUUAUACUAUUUGAUUUUUUAUUAUAAUAAUUGACUUUCUAUUAUACUAUUUGAAUUUCUAUUAUACUAAUUGACUUUCUAUUAUACUAUUUGAAUUUCUAUUAUACUAAUUGACUUUCUAUUACACUAUUUGAAUUUCUAUUAUACUAAUUGACUUUCUAUUAUACUAUUUGAAUUUCUAUUAUACUAAUUGACUAUCUAUUAUACUAUUUGAAUUUCUAUUAUACUAAUUGACUUUCUAUUAUACUAUUUGAAUUUCUAUUAUACUAAUUGACUUUCUAUUAUACUAUCUGACUUUCUAUUAAACUGUUGGCUUGCUGACCCAUAACUGCUGUUUCGAACUGGGUAAAGCCAUACAACAAUACUUGAAACAUUGGAAACUGGCGGCAACAAGCAACAGCUCUGAACCUCUUGAGUCCUGACUGACACCAAUUUAACAAUGGUUUAUUGUAAUCUUUUUAUGGAGGCUGGCGCCUGUGAUUCCAUGAGGUUGCUCGUACAAUGUUAGUUAACACUGUGCGCUCAAUGUAAGCGAUGGCUCGCCGCUGCUAUUUGAAUCAUUCCUUCCACUCCUCAAAACUGAGUAAAAAAAAGUUCGGUUAAACCUAAAAAAAGGGAACAAAACAACGAACGUUUCGGCAGGAAGCCUUCGUCAGCGAACAAAACAACAGAAAAAAAAAACAAAUUAAAAUUAAAAAUAGCACUUAGCUUAGAAGUAGUAUCCGUGGGCAGCAAAAGAAUUGUCAAUUCAUUCACAAUUCAUUUGCUGCCCACAAUGUCAAAAUGAAUAAUAUACACAGCACUUCAUUACACAUUUUAAAUAAGUCAAAUAAUUCCUUGAUAUCAGGAUAUCUUUGCAACAAUCAAAGUUUCAAUGCAAAGAAUAUUUGUAUACACACAUUCAAUAACAAUCCAUCUAAUAUUAAUCCAAUAAUCCAUUAGAAAACUCAACAUGUCCUCUCACAUCCAAGAUAUUUCCUUCACUCCCGCCCUACUUAAAAACACAUGAAUUCUUCUUCCGCUACCAAACAUAGUUCCCUUUUCUCGUAUUUUUCAUUCUUCAUAUCAUAUCACUACACCAAUGCGUCGUCAGAAUGAAUAUUAGUGUCAUGUGAAAAAUCUGCGUCAUUGGCAUGAUUAACACGGUCUGUUACACACACACACACACACACACAGAAAAACACACAAGAACGCACCACUCUCCUUCACGCGCAUUUUAAGGUGGCCGUCGUAACUAUUUGUUGUUUUUUUGUUGAAUUUGUUUCUUCAUUUCAGCAUGAGCCACUCUUUACCAGAAGUUUGUCUCAGUUAUGGAACCUU